CACUCGCACCGUUCGACCCACUCACCGACCCGACCCGCUCUCGCCAUGUCGCACCCGUCCGCCCUCGAGCUCACUGCCGCGCUCCGCACCGCCUCGAUCUUCGACGACGUCGUCCCCGCCAGCCAGGCGACCUCGCUCAAGGGCCCGCUCCUCGUGCACUACCCGGAGCACGCCGUGUGCAAGGGCGAGGCGAUCCCGCGCCCGACGACGCUCGCUCAGCCCGAGGUCGAGUUCAAGGAGGCGGACAAGGACGCGACGUACUCGCUCUUCAUGGUCGACCCGGACUUGCUCAAGCGCAACGAUACGCUCUCGGGCCAGGUCCGUCACUGGUACGAGACGGGCGUCAAGUUUGACGGCACGAGCGGGAGGACCGUCAUCAGCUCGCAGGCCGGCGCCCGCAACGACUACGUGCCGCCGUCGCCUGCUUAUGGGACUGGAAAGCACCGCUACGUGUUCCUCGCCGCGCGCGAGCCCUCGCCGUACUCGGGCCCUUCGAGCGCCGACUUUCCGACGACGGGCAAGGCCGACCUCAAGGACCGCAUGAAGUUCAGCGUCGCCAAGUUCAUGCAGGACGAGGGCCUCACGCUCGAGGCGGCCGGCUGGAUCGAGGUUGACGCCGACGCGGCCGCCAUGAAGGACAACCUUGCGCUCUCGGCCGAGGCCAUCAAGAACAAGCUCACGGGCCAGUGAGGGUGCGCGAGGGUCGAGUCGAAGCCGGCGUUGAGUACGACGCGCCGGAUUGUGCAAACCGACGCUUUCUCUCUCGCUUUC